AUGUGUUAUAAAGUUCAAUGUCGAAAAUGUAAUAAAUUUACAUGGUCUGGUUGUGGUAUGCAUAAAGAUUCAAUUUUGGCAACGAUUUCUCUCGAUCAACGUUGUACAUGUCGUUCGAUCAAGCAAUCGUCUCAAUCACAAUCUUAUCAACAAACAUCAUCAAACUCGACUUAUUUUACUGGAUCAUCACGUUACCCAUAA